AUGCGAGGCAGGCUGCUGGGCCUCGCAGCCCAGUCGCUGGUGGCGGUGAGUUUGGGGGCGGAGGGGGGGGAAGUGAGGGGGGAGGGAGCGGGAGGGUUGCUCAAUCCGUCCUGUUUCCGUCGUGUUUCCGCAAGCAAGCCCGCCACCAACCCACCAACUCACCAACCUCCCUUGCCCCCGCUCGCUGCCACUACCACGUGCAGUGCAGACACAGUGGCAGCCAGGCGAGCCAAGUUUCAAGCAGUGGCAGUGGCAGCCCGAGCCACGAGACCUGUGGGAGAAGCUCCCAGAGGUGCUGCAGUGGUGCCCGUGCGCGCUUGGCUUGGCCACCCUGCUCUCUCCACUCGUGCUGAUAGUGUUGCCGGCACUGCUGCUGCUCACUCUGCUGGCCUAGCAGUGGCAGCUCGAGCCAGGAGAUCUCUGGAUCAACCCCUGCGCUCAGGAGGCGCAGCAGUGGCGCCCGUGCGCUCGCAUGCAAAACCAUCCGUACCCCUCGCUCCUUUUCCGCCCUUCUCCCGCCAUCAGAAGCAGUGGCAGCCCGAGCCACCUGACCUGUGGGAGGAGCCCCCAGAGGCGAUGCAGUGGCGCCCGUGCGCGCUUGGCCAUCCCGCUCUCCCCCCUCCUGCCGCUGCUUCUGCCGCUCUCUCUGCCCGCCCUGCUAUGAGGAAGGGCGCUGCUGGUGAUGGCACCGCUGCUGCUGGCGGCAGCAGUGGCAGCAGCGGCAGCAGCGGCAGUGGGGACAGUGGGGGCAGUGGGAGGAGGGAGGAUGCGGGUCCGUUCUUCUCUGUGGCAGCAAAGGGCGGCCUCAGCCAGCUGAGAGUCGCGACGUGCAAUGCAGCAGCAGUCGCGUUUUACCUCAACGCCACGCUUCUCCUCCCGCACUUCCUUUCCUUCUCCUCAGCUAGCCAGUUCGGGGAGGUAUUUGACUCGGAUCACUUCAUCUCAUCGCUCGCGCCUCAAGUCAGGGUCGUCAGGAAGCUUCCACCGUCCUUCCAGUCACUCGAUGUGAACAUCAUGGGAGUCAACGUAAAUGAAAACCAGUUCCCCCGAGAGGUACCUUUGCAGCUCUUCCUGCGCCUGGUGCCGCUGAUGAGGCGGGUGGGGCUCAUCCACUUCCACGGCUUCCUCAACGCCCUCGCCUCUGACCCCAUGCCACUGCAUGUUCAGCGCCUGCGCUGUCGAUGCAUGUUUCACGCCCUCACCUUCCUGCCAGCCGUCCAUGCCACCGCCCAGCUGGCCAUCCAACGGCUGAGAUCAGCCGCUGGGGCGCUGCCACGUGUGCAAGAGCAGUGGAUGGACGGCGAGGAUGAAGCAGGGAAGCACGGUGCUGGGAAUGGGGAAAAUCGGGGCAAAAAAUAUGAAAGAGAAUGGAUGGAAGGCCAGGUUGAGAGCCAGGUGAAAAUUCAGGUGAAAGGUGAGGUGAAUGGCACAUCUGGUCAGGUGCACACGGACAUAGGCCAUUUGGGUUCUCAAGAGCCAGAGCCCUCAGCAGGCAUCCCUCGCUACGUGGCCGCUCACAUCCCCUUUGAUGCCCAGGGCCGCCUCAACGCCCCCGACUGGUACCGCCGAAUCGGCCGCUGCCCCGUGGCCCCUGAGGAGGCGGCGCUGGUGCUGGCGGGCAUGGGCGUGGGGAGAAUGCGCCCGGUGUUUCUCGUAGGGGUGUCUGCUGAGCCGUGUGCGGUUGUGCUUGGGAGUGAAGGGGUGCUGAGCGGUGGGGAUGGUGGGAUGCAGGGUGGGAGGGAGGAAGAGUGGCAAGGGGUUGCGGGGGAGCAGGAGGUACGGAUUAGGGCGCAGCAGGAGCAGCAGCUGAGGGGGCAGGGCAGGCGGUGGUUCAACGGGUGCUGGCGGCUGGAGGCGGUGCGAGCGCUCUUCCCCUCCCUCUCCUCCAUUGAUACCCUCCUCUCCCCGCGCGAGAUCGCCCCAUUCUCACACUCGCCUCUCCUGAUCACAGCUCUUGAAACAAUUGUGGCCGGCGAAUCAGAUCUCUUCCUUGCAGCGGACGGCAGCAGCCAGCUGGCAGCGCUCGUGGCCGGGCGGCGCAUGUACUUCGGCUCCAGAUCAGACAAAAGAUCUGAUUGCACGACGAGUGGCUGUACUCCUACCGGCGAAUCUGGUUACCAGCAUGGUUACAGGCCGUCCGUGCGAAUCAACCGCGCCCAGCUGGCGGAGGAUCUGGGCGGCGGGAAAGAUUUGCGGGCGGGGGAAGAGUGGAUUGGGGAUGCAGAGGAGAGGGUGAUGGAGUGGGAGGAGGUGGAGGAGCGAGGGUUGAAUGAUGGAGGGAGGUCGGAAGAGAUGGGGGAAGUAAGGGCAAAGAGGAGAGUGGGCAAGGAUGGGGGAAGCAGUGGGCCUGCCAAGAGACAAAGGCUUCGAGGUGCGGUUGGGGGACGAGGGGUGAGCGUUGGUGUGGAUGAUGAUGAUGAUGAUGAUGAUGAUGAUGAUGAUGAGGAGGAGGAUGAAGGGGAGGAUGGGGUUGAGCCUGGUGAAAGCAACAUGGAUAGAGAUGAAGAGGCAAGGGAAGUGGAAAGGGCAAUGAGGUUGGAAGAGAAGAGCUUCAUGCGAAUGGUUUCAUUCUCCCCGUUCUUGCCUCCCUCCUUUCGGAGCCCGUACGACUUUGGCAGCAACCUGCUCACCCUCAUGCUGAGGGAUUUUUUAGGCGCCUCAAGGACCUUCUUGCCUCCCUCCGCUCGGAGCCUGUACGACUCUGGCAGCAAUCUGGUCACCCGCGUGCUGAGCGGCGGCGACAUGUUGGGCAUGCCCACAGCCUCGUGCGAUAGCCUGUACGACAUGGGCAGCAAUCUGCUGACGCGCGUGCUGAGCGGCGGCGACAUGUCCGGCAUGCCCACAGCCUCCGGCGAGGUGUCGGAUCUCGUCGGCCGCCCGCUCUUCUUCGCCCUCCACAACUGGUUCCUCGAGCUAGGAGGCGUGUACCGUCUCGCCUUCGGCCCCAAGGCAUUCGUGGUCAUCUCUGACCCAAUAGUCGCGCGCCACGUGCUCAAAGAGAACCCCUUCGCCUAUGACAAGGGCAUGCUGGCGGAGCUGCUGGAGCCCAUCAUGGGCAAGGGGCUCAUUCCCGCUGACUUUGACACGUGGAAGCAGCGCAGACGAGCCAUCGUACCGGGAUUCCACGCAGCAUACCUGGAGGCCAUGGCGCUGGUGUUCUCUGAGUGCUCCAUGCGAUCCGUGGACAAGCUGCAGGCGCUCUGCGACCAGGCUGGAGCCACGGCGGGGGGUGAGGGCGUGCGGGUGGACAUGGAGUCAGAAUAUUCGUCCAUAGCGCUGGACAUCAUUGGCAUCUCCGUGUUCAACUAUGACUUUGGGUCGGUCACUCGCGAGUCGCCGGUGAUCAAGGCGGUGUACGGCACGCUGUCGGAGGCCGAGCAUCGUGCUACGUUCUACAUCCCCUAUUGGAAAAUCCCCUUGAUAAGCCUGGUGGUACCGCGGCAGAUGAAGUUCCAGCAGGACCUCAAGGUGGUCAACGACUGUGUGGACGACCUCAUCACGUGUGCGCGCUCCACUCGCCAGGAGGACGAUCUAGAGGCCUUGCAGCAGAGGGACUACAGCAUGGUGCGGGACGCCAGUCUGCUGCGCUUCCUGGUGGACCUGAGGGGGGAGGACUGCGAUGACAAGCAGCUAAGGGACGACCUCAUGACCAUGCUCGUGGCUGGGCAUGAGACCACUGCUGCCGUGCUCACAUGGGCUACUUACAUGCUUGCUCAGAACCCACAUGUGCUGGCGAAGCUACAGGAGGAGGUGGACACAGUGCUUGGCGACCGACUGGCCACUCUGCAAGACAUCAAGUCCCUCGAGUACACCCGCCUAGUGGUGUCAGAGGCUCUCAGGCUCUACCCCCAACCGCCGCUGCUCAUUCGCCGCGCGCUGGCCAAUGACCAUCUGCCACCUGGGUACAACGGCAAUCCCGAGGGCUACAAUCUUCCCAAGGGCACCGACCUCUUUGUCUCUGUGUUCAACAUCAACCGCUCGCCGCACUACUGGGAGCAUCCGGAGGAGUUUCGGCCGGAGAGGUUCUUGGAGAGGAGGAGUGGCGAUGGCAUCCCCGGGUGGGAUGGGUACGACCCUGACAGGCUGGCAGGGGCGCUCUACCCUAACGAGGUGGCGUCUGAUUUCGCCUUCCUCCCAUUUGGCGGUGGCCCGCGCAAGUGUGUGGGGGACCAGUUCGCGCUGAUGGAGUCCACAGUGGCGCUCGCCAUGAUUCUCCGCCGCUUCAAUGUGCGCCUGGACGGGCCGCCAGAGGACACAGAGAUGGUCAUGGGGGCGACAAUGCACACCAAGUCGGGGCUCUGGUGCCGACUUAACCCCCGGGGAGACAUGCCUGUGCCUGCUGAUGCUGCUGCUGCUUCUGCAACCACGAAUGCUUGA